AGAGAGAGAGAGAGAGAGAGAGGGAGGGAGGGAGAACGAGGGAGGAUAUAUUGAUACAAAACGACGGUGGUUUCUCUUCAGUGUGUGUGAGAGAGACCAUGAGUGAAGACAAGAUGGAGUGCUGGAACAGAUGAAGACUAUCAUUGGAUGGUGUAGUUCACGAGACAAGAAUCUUACGAACUAAAGGGAAAGAUGUGAAAAAAGGUUGAAAGAGAAUGUGCGAGACAGAGAUAGAAUGCACAGAAGAGGACGCAUAUGAAACAGGCACUAUAUCUCUGUCCUUAGGGAGUUCUUUCCAGUGGUUCCGAUGAGCGUUUCCAAACCACCUCCGCCCCAUUCCCAUUUCCCCCCCAGCAACCCGUCCUCCCAUCUCUCCCUGCCUCCAUCCUCCUCGUCCUCCCCCUCUCCCUCCACCCCUCCCUCUGCCGCGGGUCCCCCCAGCCCCGCUGUGCCUCCUCCUCCCUCCCCAGUCAAGAUCUCCAUGCAGGAACACUUUGCCAUCAAUGUGUGCCCCGGCCCCAUCCUCCCCAUCCCACAGAUCUCCGACUUCUUCCCUCGUUUCCACGACUUCCCCAUCACCCCCCUUCCACCCCGGGAAAAACAAGUUCUAAAGGACAAAGACAAGGACGGAGACGGGAAUGGAGAGAAAGACCGCAAGAGGGAGAGAGAGCAAGAGGAGAACGGAGAGUUUGCCGACUCGGAUGACGAUGACACCUACCUGGGAACUCUGGAGUUCAGCCUGCUAUUUGACCAAGAAAAUAACUGCUUGCACUGCACAAUCCACAAGGCCAAGGGACUAAAGGCCAUGGACUCCAAUGGACUGGCGGAUCCAUAUGUGAAACUCCACCUCCUGCCUGGAGCAAGCAAGGCAAAUAAAUUGCGGACUAAGACUUUAAAGAACACGCUGAAUCCAGUGUGGAACGAAACACUCAUCUAUCACGGCAUCACGGCUGCUGACAUGACCACCAAAACCCUCAGGCUGUGUGUGUGUGAUAUGGAUCGUUUAGGACGGAAUGAGUUCAUAGGUGAAGUCAGGGUGGCCCUCAAGAAACUCAAGGAGGGAGAGAGCAAGAAAUACAACAUGGGCCUCGAGAGAAUUGCACAGACCCGGGAGGGUAACAGCCAGGCAGUGGAUCCUGGGGCUUCUGUUGUAGAAGAGGAGCGUGGCCGUAUCCUGGUCUCUCUGCUGUACGUCACAGAGAAAAGUUCUCUGACUGUGGGAAUUAUUCGCUGUGCCCACCUGGCCGCCAUGGAUUCGAAUGGAUACUCAGACCCUUUUGUCAAAAUUGUUUUGCAGCCUGACAUGGGGAAAAAGUCCAAAUACAAAACCUCAGUGAAGAAGAAGACUCUAAACCCCGAGUUUAACGAGGAGUUUACCUAUGAAGUCCCACAUGAUCAGUUGCCCAAGAAAACCCUGGAGAUCUCAGUCUGGGACUACGACCUGGGCAUGAGCAAUGACUUCAUAGGUGGUGUUGAAUUGGGGAUUAACGCAAAAGGAGAGAGACUGAAACACUGGUUUGAGUGUCUAAAAUACAAAGGAAAGAAAGUGGAGUACUGGCACACACUGACACAGCAAGGAGCCCCUAGCAGUGACUAACACGCAGACAAGCACACACAAGUUCAUCCUCUGAAAAGUAAUACAAGAAAAAUGGAGUAAUAAUGAUAAAGAAAUGCAAUAAUGCUCAGUCUGAGAAUGAUGAUGAUGACGACAUUCAAUAUUAAUGCGUGAGAAAAAGCAUCAUAAUCUAUUGUACAGCUAAGUGUCACAUUCUUUUGUGAUGAGAAAGAAGCAAGUGUGAUCACAAGCCCAGAUUGUGACGCACAAACAAUCGACCCCUUUUUCUGGUCUACACGUCACUUAUGUGAAAUCGUACUGUGUUGUGACUAUGCCACAGGAGCUCAUGCCAUAUUAUAGUGUUAUUGUUUAUUACAUGUUAAACGUGUAAUAGCAUCCUGGUGUUUGUUACAGUUGGUGGUGCCGUAAUUUUGCACACUGUCAAAGCACAACACAUCCAGCUGACUGUAAAUGUCUAUGUGUACCUAUGUAUUUCUCUUUUGUGAUUUGUUACGUAUGAAAGUUUACAGUCUCUUCCAGCCCGACAAAAACAUGAUGCACAGGAAAAGCACAAGGGACGGCGCAUUAAGGAACUCUAAAGCAAUGAAAGGAGCUGUCUAUGGAUUUAAACGUUCACUCAAGAACUGCUGCCUGUCACUUCGAGAAGAACCAAACGACAGUCACCUCAACACGAAUGUGUGUGAAUGUCCCUGUCUGUGUUUUGUCUUUGUACGUGUCUCUGUUGAAUGUUUGUACAGUCU